AUGGUUUUCAGGCUUGACCCAUGUGGUAUAGCAUGUGUUUUGAUAACUCACUUGCUUGUAUUAUACUCGGAUUAUGUCGUGGUAUUUUACUUAGUUCUUCCGGUUCUCAAAAACAGCUUUUGGGCUAUUCUGAAUACGAUAUGCUUUAAUAUAGUGGCCUCUUUACUAUUAUUUUCUCAUAUAUGUGCUGCCGUAACGGAUCCAGGACUGAUACCUUUGCACCGGUAUACUGUUAGUCAGUUAGCUAGUGUCCAGAAACCUGAUGGAUGGACUACUUGUAAUAAAUGUGGAAUACAUAGGCCCCCGAGAGCUCAUCAUUGCCGGAUUUGUCGACGGUGUGUAAGACGAAUGGAUCACCAUUGUCCCUGGAUUAAUAAUUGUGUUGGUGAAUGUAAUCAAAAAUAUUUUAUUCAAUUUUUAAUUUAUGUCGGCAUUCUUUACGCGUCUAAUGCCGAUGUUGUAGUUGUUGCUCAUACAAUUGUACUUGUAGCAAUCUCUUGUCUAUUUGGAUUAUUUAUUCUAGCUAUUCUAUCUGAUCAGUACAAGUCGAUCGUUGAAGAUACAACAGCAGUUGAAGCUUGGCUAUCGGGUAAUAUUCCACAUUCUUCAUCCGAUACAGAAGCUUAUCCAAAUGGUGGUGGUAACGGUGGUGUUGGUAGUGGAGGAUUUCGUCGUAAAUUAUCCAAAUUGACUCUGUUUCGUGAGGUUUUUGGAAGUGGUCCAUUUUACUCUUGGCUACUUCCAUGUUCAUAUCUUUUCAAGCCUUAUCCAAAAUAUUAUACUGCUUUAUCCAAUAUUAUUAAUGAUGUAAAUUACUCUGUCAACAGUUGUAAUAAUAAUAAUAAUAACAACAAUCUUCCAAUCAAUGAUCAUCAUCAUCAUCACCAUGGAAUUGAUAAUAAAUCAACAACAACCACUACAGCUUCUUCAUUUCUCCUGAAACCGAUAAACAAGAAACAUGGGUUGAUUAUCACUAACAACACCUACUCCAUAUUAAAAUAA